GAAUUAUAUAGCAUGUGAAAAUAUCUACCCUUGUGUAGCAAUCAACACACACGCAGGAGUGCAACUGUCUCCUAAGAGUAUAAUAAUUGAAAAUAUGUCUUUUUAAUUUUUAAAUAUCACGAACCCUUGGCUAUAAAUUUGGAAAAGGAUACAGAAGAAUACAUUUCAAAUACUUUGGAAAUUCUCACAAAAACUGAAUAAAACUACAUUGCAUAAUAAAGACUGGAAUAGGGAUAGAAAGAGAAAUUAAAAAAAAAAAAGAUAGAGAGAGAGAAAUAGCCAUAUACAUGGCAUAAAUUAUUUAUUAAGCCAUACCAUAUUUUGAAGAGUAGUAGACACAGAACCACAUAUAGCAAUGGAGAUUAUGCAGAAGAAAAUGCCUCCAUGCACAAAUACACUGAUAAUAAAGAUAAAUCCUGCAGAGAAAAAUGAGACAAAUAUUUUUACUCAAUUAUAUUAACAAGCAUAUGGAGGAACACUGGGAAGGAAAACUGCACAAGUAGUAGAAGUAAGGAGGAAGCUGACUUUUCAUAGAUAUACUUGAUUAUAAGUAUUGGAGAACUGGAUCAAUUGAAGAGAAGAUUUUACGGCUGACUAUAAACUCCUAACUCACUAUUCACACACACAGAGUAGUAACUGUGUGUGUGUGCGUGCAUGCGUGUAUCUGUGUGUGCAUGCCAGUGCAUGUGUGUGUGUGUGUAUGUAUGUGUGAUAGAAAUAAUGUUGGCUUGCCCACUUCCUUGCUUGCUUGAGCCAUGUUCUGCUUUCACUCACUUCAAAGUCAAAGCAGCACUACAGUCGAGGUGCAAGUGUAUCAACGUGUUGUGUAGUAGCAGCGCUAUAUUAGAAUAGCUCCAAUCAUACAUGGCAGAUACCAAAUAUUUAAUCAUGCCUACUCUAAAAGAGGAACUGCUGUUUGCUAAAAACAGCAGUCAUAUAAUGGGCAUGGAGGAAACCAUCAUACAGACAAUGUACAAGUACCUAAAUCCUAUAUUCCUGCUGUGUGGCACGAUUGGAAAUAUUAUGUCGUUAGUGAUGAUGCAUAAAAUGAGUGCUCGAGUCUGGUCUAGCUGUAUUUACCUCAGUGUUUUGGCUAUCGUCGAUCUACUUAUUCUCUAUCUGGACUGUGGAAACAGGUGGUACAAACAGCUCACUAACAUUGAUCUCAACAUAGUUAUUAUGACAAGCACAGAUGCAAUGUGCCAGGUUUAUCUAUUUUUCUACAAUUUUAUUUUCCAUUUUUCCGCCUGGCUCGUGGUCGCUAUCACAGGAGAAUGUUUAAUCUCUAUAAAGUCUCCAAUUUUUAAAUACAAAUCAUGCACCAGGGAACAUGCACGUGCUAUCAUUCUAUUUAUAACAGUCAUGCUGAUUGGAAUUAACAUUCAUUACUUCUGGACCCAUGCACUUGUCAGUAAACAAGGCUCCAGCAUCUUACAGAGGAAAGUAUGCAUCAAUAUGGAUGAACUUUCAGAUGUCUUCAAAGAUCAGAUAUGGCACUACCUUGACAUCUUCAUAAAAGAUGUUAUUCCACUCUUGGUAAUAUGUCUGCUAGUAACCAUGAUUGCUAUGAUUCUGCAUGCAAACAUAAGCAGUGCAAAAGGUAUGGAACCAGUGUUAAAGAAGUACUAUAUGGAUAUUGAAUCUUUUCAUGAAAUGUGCUAUAUUGUUAUAGUCAUAGCUAUUAUUUACAUUGUAUGUACACUCCCUAAAGUAGGCCUGACAGUAAUUCAUCAUUGUGUUGUUUACGGACUCCUGCCAUAUACACAAAAUCUUGGUGCUAAACUUAAACUAGCUGACGCAAUUUGUCAAAUGUUCCAGUAUGGAUAUCACAGCUUAAAACUAUUCAUAUACAUUUAUUUCUGUAAACGUAUCAACAUCUGGACAAAGAAAUCUACAAAAGUUUUCCUCACUCAAACAUGCAGUGGUAACAAGGUCUCCAGAUCCAGUACAUUUUAUUCGCAACAAAGCAUGGAGAGACCUCUCAGUGAGCAACACUACUUUCAAGAAAGUAAGCCCAUUCAAGUUCCUGAUUCAAGUUUUUUUAAAGAAAAGCAAAAGGUCACUUUCUCAAAGCCGAGAGUAUUUACACAAACACAAGUUUGAAUUUAUAUUCAUACUCUCACACACACAUGUAUGCAUACACACACACACACACACACUCUCACUCUCUCUCUUUCACACACACCCACACACACAUAGAAUUUGUAAACAUUAAAUUUCUAUUAUAAAUGUUAAAUGUUUAAUGAUACUCAAUAAAUAUUUUCUUUCAUGUUA